AGAAAAGUUAAAAUAAAAAGUUAAGAGUAAUUUGUAUACUAGAAAUCUCCCAAGAUUAACAUAUCAUACACAUCAAAUACGCAACCAAGUAAUUUUCACAGUAAUAUCCAUCCGAAAUCGCCACCCAAUUUGCAUAAUCACAACUCGAUGAGAUCAAUUGCAUUAAUAGUCCAGAUUACAGAGGUUGGAGUAUUAUUUUUGAAAAAGAUGAGAAAAAUAAUAAUUAAAAAGCCCUCCUCCUCAGUCCUCACGAAGGAAAAAUCUAAAUUAUAGAUCCCUUCAUAUUGUUUUGAUGAAUUUCAAAUGUACUCGUACAAUUGUACAAAGUUAAUGUACUUGGUAGAUUUAAUAAAAAGGCAACACAUGCAUCACAUUUUGUUUCAGUUACAACAACACGGCCUCUCUCUCCCUCACACUUGUCCUCCCAUCAACGUUCAACAUUCAUCUUUCACAGUAAGCUAUAACCUCACGCCUCACUCAAUUUCUUCUUAAAUCAAUUUAAAUUAAUUUAUUUUUUUGGGGUUUAAAUAUUCCUAGUCUUACAGUCUCACUCAAUUUUCUGGGCUAUUUUCAAAAUCAAUGUUUUUUUAGUGUAAAUUUUGUUAAAAUCCCUUUUAUUUGUAGAAUUUUUUCUGGGUUUGAAUUAUUUGAUAAUUAUUUGGGUUUUUUAGAUUUAAAAUUUGAAAAAAUUGGUAAAAAAUGGCGCUAGAUUCAAUUCCUGGGAGUUCAGGAUACUUAGAUUCAUUUCCAGAGAGAAGAAUAUCAUAUUUUGGUAAUAAAUAUGUGUUGGCUUUAAUUCUUACUGCUGGGAUUGCUGGAUUACUCUUUGGUUAUGAUACAGGUGUGAUAUCAGGUGCUCUCCUCUACAUAAAAGAUGAUUUCCAAGAGGUCAAAGAAAGCAGUUUCUUGCAGGAAACAAUUGUUAGCAUGGCAUUGGUUGGUGCAAUGAUUGGAUCUGCUGGUGGUGGAUGGUUCAAUGAUGUUUAUGGACGUAAAAAAGCAACUCUUCUUGCUGAUUUCGUCUUUGCUGCUGGCGCCAUUGUCAUGGGUGUUGCUCCUGAUCCAUAUGUUCUCAUUGUUGGACGGUUCUUAGUUGGAUUGGGUGUUGGGUUGGCAUCAGUGUGUGCUCCGGUAUAUAUUGCAGAAGCUUCACCUACAGAACUACGAGGAGGACUUGUCAGCACUAACGUGCUAAUGAUUACUUUCGGACAGUUCCUUUCCUACUGUGUUAAUCUUGCCUUUACUCAGGUGCCUGGAACUUGGCGUUGGAUGCUUGGAGUAUCGGGUGUCCCUGCUGUCUUGCAGUUCCUCUUUAUGCUUCUUUUGCCAGAAUCCCCCCGCUGGCUAUAUAUGAAGAAAGAUAGGGAGCAGGCCGCUGAGGUUCUCUCAAAGAUUUAUGACCCAUUUAGGCUGGAAGAUGAGCUUGAUCUGCUUGCUGUUGCUGCUGAGGAGGAGCGCAAACAAAAAAUUGUCAGUAUUAUGGAUGUGUUCAGAAUUAAAGAAAUUCGGCUUGCAUUUCUUGCUGGUGGUGGGCUUCUGGCAUUUCAGCAGUUUUCAGGAAUUAAUACUGUCAUGUAUUACAGUCCUACUAUUGUCCAAAUGGCCGGGUUUAGCUCCAAUCAGUUAGCCCUCCUAAUAUCUCUUAUUGUUGCUGCCAUGAAUGCUGCUGGAACAGUCUUGGGUAUAUACUUGAUCGACCAUAUGGGCAGGCGUUCAUUGGCCCUCUCAAGCCUUGCAGGUGUUUUCGUUUCUCUCAUCCUCCUCUCCAUCUCUCUCCUCCUCAGCUCAUCUGACACCGCAGGGUCUAUCUACUCAUGGCUUGCUGUCAUAGGACUUGCCCUCUACAUUGCCUUCUUUGCCCCAGGAAUGGGGCCUGUACCAUGGGCCAUCAACUCUGAGAUUUAUCCCCAAGCAUACCGAGGUUUAUGUGGUGGGAUGGGAGCCACUGUAUGCUGGAUUACAAACCUUAUUGUUUCUGAGUCAUUUCUUUCCAUUGCUGAUGCUAUUGGAACAGGUGGUACAUUCUUGAUAAUAGCUGGCAUUGUUGUGUUCGCAUUUCUGUUUGUCUGUGCCUUUGUUCCUGAGACCAGAGCCUUGACUUUUGAGGAGGUGGAUCAGUUAUUUAAGGAGAGGGCUUAUGGAAGUAGGGAAAAUUCUCAGAGCCUUCUUGAACCUGGGAAUGGGUUCGAAAAUCGGCAAGCCUAAAAUUAACGUAUGUUGUUCGACAGUUUGUCUAUUCUAUUUUGCUGAAAGAAGCAUUCUUAUCAGACUCAAGGUGGUUGGAUAUGUUUGCUUAGUUUCUUGGGAUCCUGAGUUGGUGGAUUGCAAGUUAUUGCUCUUGUUAGGAGGCUUCUAUGCCAUUUGAAGAGCUAUGUAAAUUAUUAGUAGUAUAUGAAUAAAUUAUUUUGUGGUAGGAGUAGAAAUAGGUUAUUUGUUGUUGUAUCUAUGCUACAAAUUGGUUGUGAAUUAGGAAUAUGGUUUGGCCAUGUAUCCCUCUUGCCAGCAGGCAAGGAUUAAUUCUCGUUGCUCUCUACCCUUUAGGCAAUUGUUAUUUGUUUAGCGACAAAUAAAUGCGUUGUUUUUUUAGUUGGUUGAUUGUAAAUUUAUAAUUGAUUAUAAAGAUUAUUCUUUGUAUGUAUCGCUAUUGGAAUUGAAAUUAGUGCUC